CUCGCUCGGCCGCCGUCGCUGCGAGCGCACCGUACCGACGUAGUGUGUGUGUGUGUGUGUAUAUAUAUAUAUAUACAGCUCGUCUCGCGCAGCCACCUAACCGCAACCUUUCUUGUUUCGUUUGGUUUCUCGGUUCUCGUUUCUCUUGCGUCGCCGCGUGCACAAGAGAAAGAAAGAGAGAGCGCGAGCACAGUGCGCGACCGUCAGUGUGCAUCGUUGCGCAAGCCGCAGUGUGAAUAAUUCGUUCAAGUGAAAGUCCGUCGUGCGGAGCAACAACAGGCAGUAGCAGCAGCAGUGGCAGCAGCGGCAGCAGCGGAGCCUGCUCUACCGAACGAGGAUGGCGAUGCAGAAUGCGAUUAGCGAACUUUGGUGCGCGCUGGCUUAGCUUGGCCGAGCGAAGAGCGGAGUAGAGCGAAGUAGUCUGUUAAAUCGAUAGGCCGCCAGCACGGAUCAAAGCUGCAGAUGGAUAGCAAAUAGAAGAGAAAGCAAGCGGUGCAGCAGAGCGUGGAAGUGAGGACCGGCAGCGGCGGCGGCGGCGGCGGCGGCGGCGGCGGAGGCGGCGGAGGCGGCGGCGGAGGCGGCGGUCAGCUGACCCGGGGCCCGCGGAGCCAGUUGUCGACCACUAGAGAAGCGGUGGGCUGCCCCGGGCGGGCCGCCCCCAGCCACCGGCCAAGCUGGCGAGCGCCCUAGCCGCGGGCAUGAACCCCUACCCCCACCACCCGUCGCUGGCGGGCAGCCCGCACCACGCGCCCCCCGGCGCCGAGGCCCACCACACGGGCUUCGCCGCGGCCGGCGGCGGGGGCGGCGGCGGCGGCUCCUCGGCCGGCAGCGCCAGCGGCACGGCCACCACGCCCGACCCCAGUCCGCACUCGCCGGCCUAUGGCCAGGGCCCGCAGGAGGGCGCCGCGGGCGUCGGUGGACAAGGCCCGGCCGGGGCCUACGCGAGCCAGGGCCUGCCGAGCAACGGCCACCACCACGCCAUGAUGCAGCAGCAGCAGCAACAACAACAGCAACAGCAGCAGCAGCAACAGCAGCAGCAGCAGCAGGAGCAGCAGCAGCACCACAGGCCCUACCAGCACCCGCACCUGCCCGGCCACUUGGCUGGCUACCCGCCCGUCAACCACAACAACAACUGCACGCUCAAGCAAGAGGGCGGAGGAGUGGGAAUGGCGACGAGCAUCCAACAGUGCGCGGGCUGUGGCAACAGGAUAAUGGACAGAUGGCUGUUGUUCGCCUUGGACCGCUACUGGCACAACCACUGUCUCAAGUGCACGACGUGCAACGUCGCCAUAGCGGACAGUUCGACGACGUGCUACAGUCGAAACGGCAUGAUCCUGUGCAAAGGCGACUACAUGAGGCUGUUCGGGACAUCGGGUUCGUGCGCAGCUUGCGGCCACCAGAUCCCGCCGUCGGAGAUGGUCACGAGGGCGGGCAACGGCAUCUUCCACACCAAGUGCUUCGCAUGCACUAAGUGCGGCACGCAGCUCAUGCAAGGCGACAGAUACUACCUGUUGCAAGGUGGAGCAGUGUGCGAGUCGGACUUUAACAAGAUGGUUAAAUCGGCGAAUUUGGCGACGGCGGCAGCGGCAGCGGCAGCGGCGGGCAACGGCGGCAUGCCCACGCGGAAAGGCAAGGUCGGCCGACCCAGGCGGUCGCGUGAAUGAAACGGCAACCCGGUCGGCCGCCCGAAGAAGGUGGUCGCGCCCGUGGCACCUCCCGUAGUCGUGCAAGCGGCCAGCGCGCCGCAGCUCGAGCUCGCGG